GCAUCUCUUCUUCAACAUUCCACUCUCACUCUCUCACUCAUACUCUCUCUUUCUCUCUCUUCUCAUUCAGGAGUCUUUCAUCUAUUACAACCCCACGGCGAUCUUUCAUCUGCAUUUCACAAUUGCUGGAUCUCAAAUCGGUUUCCAGAUUCGAAUGUGUCAUUUUUCUUGCAGCAGCUCGUUGUUACCAGAUUACUAUAUGUUCAAGAAAACCAUUCCAGUAUUUGGUACCUCAGAUGGUUUGUUGUAAUUGUAUUAUGCUUGACUGGUGUCACCAUGGGCUUUUAUACGGUAAAAUGGCAAUGGCUACUGAUUCUUCACAUUGUACCGUUUUGCAUGAUAAUGAGCAGAAGCAGUGGUAUCAGUUCUGAUGGCGAGGCACUUUUGAGCUUCAGAGCAUCAAUUCUUGAUUCUGAUGGUGUUCUUCUUCAAUGGAAGCCAGAGGAACCCCAUCCUUGUAAAUGGAAAGGAAUAACGUGUGAUCCAAAAACUAAGAGGGUGAUAUAUCUGACUCUUCCUUAUCACAAACUUGGUGGAUCUUUAUCCCCUGAACUUGGAAAGCUUGACCACCUAAAAAUUUUAGCUCUUCAUGACAAUAACUUUUAUGGGGCAAUUCCAUCAGAAUUAGGGAAUUGCUCACAGUUGCAGGGAAUGUUCCUGCAGGGUAAUUACUUUAGUGGUUUCAUUCCCAAUGAAUUAGGGAAUCUUUCGGCACUUAAAAAUUUAGAUAUUUCAAGUAACUCACUCGGUGGAAAUAUUCCCAUCUCUCUCGGGAAGUUGAGCAAGCUUAUUAGUUUAAACGUGUCUGCCAAUUUUCUGGUUGGAUCAAUUCCAAAUGUUGGCGUGCUACUCAACUUCUCGGAAAGCUCAUUUCUUGGAAACCGUGGCUUGUGCGGGAAGCAAAUAGAUGUCAUGUGCAAAUAUGACAAAAAGGGUCCUGAAACUAAUGAGUCACCAUUCUCAGUGCAAAAUCAAAUCGGGAAGAAGAAGUACUCUGGCAGACUACUUAUUAGUGCUUCGGCAACUGUGGGUGCUUUAUUGCUGGUUGCCCUAAUGUGUUUCUGGGGUUGCUUUCUGUAUAAAAAGUUCGGCAAAAAUGACAGUAAAGGUCUAGUGCUGAAUGGCUGCGGAGGUGCUCGUGCUUCGGGUGUAAUGUUUCACGGAGACUUGCCAUAUAUGUCUAAAGAUAUUAUUAAGAAAUUUGAGACAUUGAAUGAAGAACACAUAAUAGGAUGUGGGGGCUUUGGAACCGUGUAUAAGCUUGCAAUGGAUGAUGGCAAUAUUUUUGCCUUGAAAAGAAUUGUAAAAUUGAACGAGGGCUUUGAUCGUUUUUUUGAGAGAGAGCUUGAAAUCCUUGGAAGCAUAAAGCACAGGUUUCUUGUGAAUUUGCGAGGAUAUUGCAAUUCUCCUACAUCAAAGCUGUUAAUUUAUGAUUUCCUUCCUGGAGGCAGCCUUGACGAGGCAUUACACGGCCUUCGUACGGAAGUGUCUGAGCAACUAGACUGGGAUGCACGCUUAAAUAUUAUCAUGGGAGCUGCAAAGGGACUUGCAUAUCUGCAUCAUGAUUGCUCUCCGCGGAUCAUUCACCGAGACAUAAAAUCAAGCAACAUUUUACUAGAUGCUAAUUUGGAGGCUCGAGUUUCUGACUUUGGACUUGCGAAACUUUUGGAGGAUGAAGAAUCACAUAUCACGACUAUUGUUGCAGGAACAUUUGGUUAUCUAGCUCCUGAGUAUAUGCAAAGUGGUAGAGCUACUGAAAAGACUGAUGUAUACAGUUUUGGGGUAUUGGUACUUGAAGUGUUGAGUGGCAAACGUCCCACAGAUGCUUCAUUCAUUGAGAAGGGGCUAAACAUUGUUGGUUGGUUAAACUUUCUAGUCACAGAAAAUCGACAACGAGAAAUAGUCGAUUUACAAUGUGAGGGCCUGCAAACAGAGAGUUUGGAUGCAUUGCUUUCGGUUGCCAUCCAAUGUGUUUCGUCGAGUGCAGAGGAUCGACCAACCAUGCACAGGGUGGUCCAGAUACUGGAAUCUGAGAUUAUGACUCCAUGCCCAAGUGAUUUCUAUGAUACAGAUUAAGCUCUAUAUACAGAAAAGACAGCCAAGCCAUGCCAUGCCAUGCCAUGUCAUGCCAAUGAAGGCAUAGAACCUUGAAAUAAACUGUUGGAAACAGCCAAAAGGAUUAUAUCAUCUUCUUCAAGGUUCAUGCCCUCUUAUCUGAUUGAUUCUUCAUUAUUUCUUUCUGAAAAGUCAUAAGAAUUAGUAUUAUGCAGCUUUUGUGAAUGAGCUCUAACGUUUCAGAGAAGGCCCAAGAGUUCCAUUUGCUAUUUCUCUAACCAAACCGCAUUGGAUCUCUUAUUAUUCCCCCAUGUAAAUUAAGGUUCCACGUCUGUGAGUUUAUAUUUGUCCAAUCUCCCCAACUUUUUUUUUUUGUUAUCAUUUUCUUCUCUCUUUCUCUUUGUCUCAAAUCAUUCCUUCUCUUUGUAAUUUUUCUGUAGCUUUUGACACUGUAUUAAGUGUAUUAAAUGUACAUGAACGAUUGUAUAAUAAUAUUCAACGAAUGUUCUUCGAUUA